GGUACUCGGUACAGGUGUUGUUGUGGUUUCCGCAUCGCUUUAGAUAUCGCUGCUGUGAUGACUAUAGUAUACUGGGCAUGGAUGAUAGCUGCGAGAACACCUACGCAAUCCCACCAUAGUUUCCCUAUUCGGUAACCUUGCUUUUCGAAAUACGGAAUAGUAUUUACGGGGGGUGGGGGAAUAAUAAUCAACAACCAAACGGCACUAUGGUGCAUCACUCGGGCUCCAUACAGUCCUUCAAGCAGCAGAAAGGCAUGCACACAAGCAUCAGUGAGAUCCUGAAGGAGAAGACCCUGAAGCCGUCCCGUCGUAGCCUGCCCUGCCUGGCCCAGAGCCAAACCCAUCCACAGAACAUCAACCACUUCCUGUCUAUGCCCCUCACCCCCGACGACAAGCCCCAGACACACCCACAGUCAGUGCCUCAACUCCAGGUUCAGGACCAGGCCCAGCUGGCUGACCCCUGGGUACAGCACCAAGCCCAGCUGGCUGACCCCUGGCUACAGCACCAGGCCCAGGACCAUUGCCAGAUCCAGGCACAACACACCCAACCUCUGACCCAUAGUCACAGCACUUCCUGCACCCUCAUCUCCUCCAAGACAGGUCUGACAGAAGGUGUCAAGGACCACUAUGAGGAGGAGGCAGAAGCUAGUGCGUACGAGGCAGGAAGGACAGAUGAGUCGUUUCUCAUUCAUAAACCUGCCACCCGAGCUAAAUUAGAGGCACGCGUAGAUUCGCUUCAGGGGACCAACCCUGGGCAGCCGUCCGGUCUGCUGUUCAGAGAUGGGAAGAAGCGUAUUGAUUACAUCCUGGUCUAUAAGAAGUCCAGUCCUCUGGUGGAAAAGAGAGUCACCUUUGAGAGGAACCUGAGAGCUGAGGGGCUGAUGCUGGAGAAAGAGCCGUCUCUGACCAACACCGACAUCAUGUUUGUGAAGAUCCAUGCUCCGUGGGACACUCUCUGUAAAUACGCUGAGCAGAUGAAUAUCAGAAUGCCAUUCAGAAAAAAAAGUUACUUUACAGAUUGGAAGAGCAAAACUAUGGGCAGCCGGUUUCAUCUGAGGUGUCGUCAGAUAAAGAGUUGGUUACCCAGGAACCCCAUGAAGCUGGACAAAGAGGCCCUACCUGACCUAGAGGAGACAGACUGCUAUACAGCCCCCUUCAGCAGGGCACGCAUGCACCAUUUUACCAUCAACAACAGACAGACGUUCUUCUCCAACUCCACCAGAAGCAGAAUAGUCCACCAUGUUCUCCAACGCACCAAGUAUGAGGACGGGAAGUCUAAGAUGGGUAUCAAUAGGUUACUGGGCAAUGGGACAUAUGAGGCUGCAUUUCCUCCGCACGAGGGUGGAUACAAGAGCAGACACCCUAUUAAGACUCACGGUGCCCAGAACCACAGACACCUGCUGUACGAGAGGUGGGCUCGCUGGGGCAUGUGGUACAAGUACCAGCCUCUCGACCUCAUCAGGCGUUACUUUGGGGAGAAGAUUGGGCUGUACUUUGCCUGGCUGGGUUGGUACACUGGCAUGCUGAUCCCGGCAGCUCUUGUGGGUCUCCUCGUUUUCCUCUACGGAUUUCUUACCAUGGACACCAGCCAAGUCAGUAAAGAGAUCUGUGAGGCCAACACUACUAUCAUGUGUCCUAUGUGUGAGGAGAACUGCAACACCUGGAAACUCAGUGACAGCUGUGUCUAUGCAAAGGUGACCCAUCUCUUCGACAAUGGAGGAACAGUGUUCUUUGCUAUCUUUAUGGCAAUAUGGGCCACGGUGUUCCUGGAGUUCUGGAAGAGGAGGAGGGCGGAGCUGACUUAUGACUGGGACCUCAUCGACUGGGAGGAGGAAGAGGAGAAUCUGCGGCCCCAGUUCGAAGCCAAGUACUCCCGAGUAGAGAGAGUAAACCCCAUCUCUGGCAAGCCGGAGCCCUUCCAGCCCUUCACUGACAAACUCAGCAGACUCAUGGUCUCUGUGUCUGGCAUCUUCUUCAUGAUGUCUCUGGUGCUGACUGCAGUGUUUGCGGUGGUGGUGUUCCGACUGAUUGCCAUGGAGAAGUUUGCAUCGUUCGACUGGGAGUUUGUCAAGAAGAACUGGCAGUUUGCCACCUCUGGCACCGGAGUCUGUAUCAACUUCAUGAUCAUCAUGUCUCUCAAUGUGGUAUAUGAGAAGGUGGCCUAUCUGCUCACAAAUUUAGAACACCCACGGACUGAGUCAGAGUGGGAGAACAGUUUUGCUCUCAAGAUGUUUCUCUUCCAGUUUGUUAACUUGAACAGCUCUACCUUCUACAUUGCAUUCUUCCUUGGAAGGUUCGCCGGCAGACCAGGGAAAUAUAAUAAACUGUUUAACAGAUGGAGACUGGAGGAGUGCCACCCCAGUGGCUGUCUGAUCGAUCUGUGUCUACAAAUGGGAGUCAUCAUGGUACUGAAACAGAUCUGGAACAACUUCAUGGAACUGGGUUAUCCUCUGCUGCAGAACUGGUGGUCUCGGAGGAAGAUCAAGCAGACAGAGAGGGAAGAGAGAACACGAGGGGGACAGAAUGUGGAGAUCAAAGUACAGCUUCCUCAGUGGGACGUAGACUGGAACCUGCAGCCCAUGAACGCCCACGGACUGGUGGAUGAGUACCUGGAGAUGGUUCUCCAGUUUGGUUUCACCACGAUCUUUGUGGCUGCAUUCCCAUUGGCUCCUCUACUGGCUCUGCUCAACAACAUCAUCGAGAUACGACUGGACGCCUACAAGUUUGUCACCCAGUGGAGGAGACCCAUGCCUGCCAGAGCCACAGACAUUGGUAUCUGGUAUGGUAUCCUGGAGGGGAUCGGCGUGCUGGCUGUCAUCACCAACGUCGUCAUCGCCAUCACCUCCGACUACAUUGUAUUUAAACCCUUAGUUUCCCUCAGUUCUGUGUUGUCUGUGUUUGUAUGUGACCACCCAGCCCUUGUGUUCUGUGUUUUCCUGUGGCUCCGUUGGUGUCUGAGAGGCUACAUGAACAGCAGUCUGUCGGUGUUCGACAUGGGCGAACGCUUGAACGUGAGUGAGGAGAGUAGAUACUGCAGGUACAGAGACUACAGAGCCUCUCCCUGGAGCCCGGUACCAUACGACUUCACUCUGCAGUUCUGGCACGUCCUGGCUGCAAGACUAGCCUUUAUCAUCGUCUUCGAGCACCUGGUGUUUGGCAUCAAGUCGUUUAUUGCGUACCUGAUCCCAGACAUGCCCAAGAGUCUGUGUGACCGCAUGCGAAGGGAGAAGUACCUGAUGCAGGAGAUGAUGUAUGAAGCAGAACUGGAGCACCUGCAGAAGGAGAGGAAGAAGAACGGCAGGAGAUAUCACCACGAGUGGCCUUAGUCACUCUCCAUAGACACAGAAUGACUAGAACGGACAUGCCCAUUCAAGUCAUCGGUCCGUAAUGGGUGGACGAGGCUGGCGGCCAUAUUGAGUGCACCCGUCAAAUUGCUGUGGUCUGAGGGCCUUUGUCCCUUUCUAUGUCAUUCUAUUUCUACGUCGCUCUUCUUCUCUAUGUGGCAGCUAGCCUAUAGCAGCUUGCUAUGACAUAAGACACUCCGGUCCGGUCUGGUCCGGUGCAGCUCACAACACGGCUGUGUGUUCUGUGUUUGUCUUCCAUGGACUUGGUACAGGCCAGUCACUGUCCUACGUGGUCGUCUGACUGUGCCGCUGUACUGUGGCACUGCUAGUGGUUCCUCUCGUUGCUUAUUAAGUGAUUCUAUUGACGUAUGUACGUGUCUACCAAAAAAUAACAAUGGACAAUAAUAAUGUUGUUUCUGUAUAAUGACUGUAAGUAAUAUUGCCCUCAAAGCAUGCUGAUUCGUUAAAGCAUUUUGGUUCAUUUGUUGAACUGCAGCAUAUCUGGGAAGAUGUUACCAUUCGGAAGUUUGAUAGAGGUUUAAUUAUCUCUAUUUAAAUCAUGUAAAAAAUGCACGGUUCGUUUAGUUUUUGUAUUUUCUUGGAUAGACAAAGUCCCUGUUUUUGAUGCCUGGUUUACUGCACAGUACGUUUCUAUUCUGUGUGAGCUGAAUGUUAGACAUUUAUUUAUGAUAUUGCUGGUCUUGAGUUGUGGAUGCUAAUAUGUGAAUAUGGUGUGUUGAUAUUACUACAGUUUUAACCAACCACAAAGUGUGUCACAAACAUCACUCGUGCCUGGUGGUGCUGCAAAUGCUUUACUGUACGUGUAAGAAAAUGUUUCUUGUCAUUUUUCUCCAGUAUGAUUUACAACAACAAACUGAACUGUCUGUCCCCCAAGGAUUUAAUUUGGAGGAAUGUUGUGAUGAGAAAAAUAUGAAAAUAUAAAUUGCCAAAUUCUGGCAUUUAUUUUCCUCUGUUGAUAGCUCUGCAAAGUAGAGGAAACCAACCCAACAGUGACAUGUGAUUCCUGUAGGGAACUAUACUGUACAGCCACUGGAGGGCAGUGAGUGCACUGGCAAAUCUGUUCUUCCAUGUACAGCAUCGGUUUCUCAUUGGCUACUGGAAGCAGAGAAUCUGUUUUCUCAUUGGCUACUGGAAGCAGAGAAUCUGUUUUCUCACUGGCUACUGGAAGCAGAGAAUCUGUUUUCUCAUUGGCUACUGGAAGCAGAGAAUCUGUUUUCUCAUAGGCUACUGGAAGCAGAGAAUCUGUUUUCUCAUUGGCUACUGGAAGCAGAGAAUCUGUUUUCUCAUAGGCUACUGGAAGCAGAGAAUCUGUUUUCUCAUUGGCUACUGGAAGCAGAGAAUCUGUUUUCUCAUAGGCUACUGGAAGCAGAGAAUCUGUUUUCUCAUUGGCUACUGGAAGCAGAGAAUCUGUUUUCUCAUAGGCUACUGGAAGCACUCAGAAUGUGGCUGAUUGUGCAUCCCAAAUGGCACCCUAUUCCCUUGGUAGUGCACUACUUUUGAACAGGACCCAUAGGGAAUAGGGUGCACUACUUUUGAACAGGACCCAUAGGGAAUAGGGUGCACUACUUUUGAACAGGACCCAUAGGGAAUAGGGUGCACUACUUUAGAACAGGACCCAUAGGGAAUAGGGUGCACUACUUUUGAACAGGACCAAUAGGGAAUAGGGUGCACUACUUUAGACCAGGACCAAUAGGGAAUAGGGUGCACUACUUUUGAACAGGACCCAUAGGGAAUAGGGUGCACUACUUUAGAACAGGGCCCAUAGGGAAUAGGGUGCACUACUUUAGAACAGGGCCCAUAGGGAAUAGGGUGCACUACUUUAGAACAGGGCCCAUAGGGAAUAGGGUGCACUACUUUAGAACAGGACCCAUAGGGAAUAGGGUGCACUACUUUAGAACAGGGCCCAUAGGGAAUAGGGUGCACUACUUUAGAACAGGGCCCAUUGGGAAUAGGGUGCACUACUUUAGA